CAAAAGUGAAGUGAUACAGGAAAAAUAAUCCACAAUUGAUUUACCGUAAAAUUAAAAUAAGCAUUCGAAAAGGAUCGUUAAGUGUUAUUCACGUGAAAUACAAGUGUCUGUAAUUGGAAUAAAAAAUCACAACUACUUACGAUUUCUAGAGAGCACCUUCGAACGCUAUUCGAUAUUUCGAAAUACAACGAAAAUUCCGGGAAGGUUUAAAAUUAAGCAGCAAAAUAUGGCGACAGAGACUCUGCAAGUAUGGGACUACGUUGUGAUAAUAGUGAUGCUUAUUAUCAGUACAAGCAUCGGCAUUUAUUACAGAUUUACCGGAGGCCGACAGAAGACUUCCGAGGAAUAUUACACAGCAAAUCGUUCGAUGAGUGCAGCCCCAGUAGCGAUAGGUUUGAUGGUAUCUUUUCUCUCAGCUGUCAGUCUUCUGGGUGCCAGUUCCGAAAAUUACGUAUACGGGACUAUGUACGUGGUGGUUAACCUCGGUUACGUUAUAGCCACGCCAUUUGUAGCAUACCUAUACUUGCCCGUAUUCUUCAGACUCCAAGCAACUAGUGCUUUUGAGUACCUCGAGAAACGCUUUGGAACCGUUGCAAGGACAGUGACUAGCGCUGCUAUUUCGCUUCAGCUACUACUUUACACAGGGAUUGUUCUUUACGCCCCCGCAUUAGCUAUUGAAGCUACAACUGGUCUUUCAAAAACUGCAAGCAUAAUAGUAAUCGGAUUAGUUUGUACAUGCUAUUCCAGCCUUGGUGGCAUCAAAGCGGUUCUCGUCACCGACAUAUUCCAAGCACUUCUCAUGCUAGUUGCUGUCCUCACGGUAGGAAUCACCGCCGCCGUUGAAGUCGGAGGAAUCGAUGAGAUAUGGAAAAUCGCGGUAGCUGGAGACCGCGUUGAAUUUGACAGCAUAUCAGCCGAUCCAACAGUUCGCCAUACCUGGUGGAGUCUGACAUUUGGAGGGUUUUUCACCUACCUUUCUCUGUACGGAAUAAAUCAAGUCCAAGUUCAAAGAUUACUGACUAUCAAUGACUUGAAAUCAGCCCAAAUAGCACUCUGGUGGAGCCUACCAAUCGCCGUGAUAAUGUCAGUGGUAACAUGCUUCUCUGGACUGGCGAUAUACUCGAAAUAUCAAAACUGCGACCCUCUGACAGCCGGAAGAAUUUCAUCCUCUGAUCAGUUAAUGCCUCUAUACGUGAUGGAUGCAUUGUCGGAGUUUCCUGGACUUCCCGGACUCUUCAUCGCCGGUAUUUUCAGCGCCGGUCUCAGUACCGUAUCCGCCGCUCUUAACUCCCUAUCAGCAGUGAUUCUUGAGGACUACGUGAAGCCUGUGUAUCUAUGGAGGAACAUCGAGUUCCCAGUGAACAAAUUCGCAUACGUUGGAAAAGCAUUAGCUUUUCUAGUGGGUCUGCUCUGCAUAGCGAUCGCUUUUCUGGCACAGUAUCUUGGUGGUGUUCUCCAGGCUGCACUGACGAUAUUUGGCGUAGUUGGAGGACCAGUUUUGGGGUUAUUUACCUUAGGCAUGUUUACUGAAUCUACCACUCAGCGAGGUGGCGUCACCGGACUUCUAAUGAGUCUUGUUUUCGGUCUUUGGAUCGGGUUUGGUCAGCCGAAACCAUCGUCACCAACUUUGCCCGUAUCCAUAGCGGGCUGCAACGCAACUUCUGACAUAACCAGAUUGUCAAGUUUCACUAAAGCUGAAAGCACGGGUGACAGUUCAUACUUUUAUCUGUACCGAAUCUCCUACAUGUGGUACUGUCCCAUGGGCUGCGUGGUAUCGAUGAUUUGCGGCUACCUAGCAAGUCAUAUUUUACGUCUAUUCUUCAAAGAAGAAUCUACGGAAUUGAAUCCUGAUCUUCUGGUUCCAGGAUUGUCUUCAAGACUGAGAAGAAAGCAAGCGAAUGCACGAGACCAUAAAAACUCGGAGAUUCAAUCAAAAUAGAAUUUUUAAAGGCUGAAAAAUUACGUUUACAGGGUCAUUGAUUGGUUGCUGAACUGGAUUGCUGACCAAUGCAAUCGACUUUACUUGAAACCAGCAUAAGCAGCUUUCUUUCUCUCGUGCAAGGUCAGAUUCUCAACAAUCGAUGAAAGACCCUGUUGACGAAGUAAUAUAAAAACACUACACAGAUUCUAUACUAAUAAAU